GAACCUAAAGUCCUCCAUCACUGGGCUGGCUGGUCUCGGCACCAUGAGGAGCAGAUGUCUAAGACUGGUCCAUGGGCUGCUGUGUGUCCUGCUGAGUCUCUCCAGAGCUGGAGCCUGGGACUUUCAGCCCUGUGCCCCUUGGUGCCCUCCUAACUCCAAAUGUGUCAACGCCACUGCCUGUCGCUGCAAGCCGGGGUUUGCCUCUUCGUCUGUAGAGGUCUUCACCAACUUCCUGGACACCUGUCAUGCCUGUGCCCCUUGGUGCCCUCCUAACUCAGAAUGUGUCAACGCCACUGCCUGUCGCUGCAAGCCGGGGUUUGCCUCUUCAUCUGUAGAGGUCUUCACCAACCACCUGGUCACCUGUCAUGACAUCAACGAAUGUUUGUUGCCCCGGAAAGUGUCCUGUGGAUAUUUUGCUGACUGCCACAAUGUGCAGGGGAGCUACUACUGCACGUGCUUCCCAGGAUUUGAGCUCCGUUCUGGGGCAAAAAAAUUCACUAAUGCGAGUGAGAACACAUGUCAAGACAUCAACGAAUGUUUGUUGCCCCGGAAAGAGUCCUGUGGAUAUUUUGCUGACUGCCACAAUGUGCAGGGGAGCUACUACUGCACGUGCUUCCCAGGAUUUGAGCUCCGUUCUGGGGCAAAAAAUUUCACUAAUUUGAGUGAGAACACAUGUCAAGAUAUGGACGAGUGCAGCUCCGGGCAGCAUAAGUGCCACCACUCCACCACCUGCACCAACACCUGGGGGAGUUACUUGUGCCAAUGCCGCCCAGGCUGGGAGCCGAUUCCUGGGAGUGUCAAUGGCUUCUACAACAAGUUCUGCAAAGUCAUGCCCUUCUUCACCUGGCCUCUGCCCCCUGGAGUCCACAGCCAGAGACUCUCCCACUUCUUUGACAAAGUCAACAAUCUGCACAGGGAUUUAAAGUCAGCCAUGGCCAAGGACACCAUCCAGGGGAUCAUGCAGGAGGUGAAUGAGCUGCUGGAGACCCCUGGGGACCUGGAGAACCUGCCCCCCUCACAGAAGCACUGUGUGGCCACUCACCUGCUGACAGGCCUGGAGAGUGCCCUGAGACACCUGAGCAGGGGUCUGCCUGAGGGGACAGCAACCUUCAAUUAUUCUGCAGGCACACAACUGUCCGUAGAGGUGCAGAAGCGACGAGAUGGCAAUGUCACCUUGAGUCUGAAUCAGGCAAAGAUGCAGCUGAACUGGAAUCUGGCACAGGAAUCUGCUCACAGAGGCCUUUCUAUGGUGGGCUUGGUCUCCACCCCAGGGAUGGGCAAGUUGCUGGCCGAGGCUCCCCUGGUCCUGGAGCCUGAGAAGCAGGUGGCUCCCCAUGGAACACACAAGGACUCGCUGCUGACAGUCUCACCUGUCCUGCUCUCAGAAGUCAUCUCAGUCUUUUUGAGCAGAAAGGACACCCAGAACCUCAGCUCGCCAGUUACCUUCACCUUCUCCCACAAUCUGGUGACCUCUGAGCCAAAGCGUGAAGUGCUCUGUGUCUUUUGGGACCAUGGCCAGAAUGGAUGUGGUCACUGGGCCACUGCAGGCUGCAAAACAUUGGGCACCAGAGAUGGCAGCACCACCUGCCGCUGUACCCACCUCAGCAGUCAUGCAAUCCUCAUGGCCAGCUACAACGUGCAGGCCUUCUUCACCAGUCCUCUGCCCCCUGAAGUCAACAGCAAGAGUCUCUCCCACUUCUUUGACAAAGUCAACAAUCUGCACAGGGAUUUCAAGGCAGUUGUGGCCAAGGACACCAUCCAGGGGCUAAUGCAGGAGGUGGAUGAGCUGCUGGAGACCCCUGGGGACCUGGAGACCCUGCCCCCCUCACAGAAGCACUGCGUGGCCACUCACCUGCUGACAGGCCUGGAGAGUGCCCUGACACACUUGAGCAGGGUUCUGCCUGAGGGGACAUCAACCUUCAAUUAUUCUGCAGGCACACAACUGUCCCUAGAGGUACAGAAGCAAGGAGUUUGCAAUGUCACCUUGAGUCUGAAUCAGGCAAAGAUGCAGCUGAACUGGAAUCUGGCACAGGAAUCUUGUUACACAGGCCCUUCUGUGGUGGGCUUGGUCUCCACCCCAGGGAUGGACAAGCUGCUGGCUGAGGCUCCCCUGCUCCUGGAGCCUGAGAAGAAGGUGGCUCCCCAUGGGACACACAAGGACUUUCUGCCAAGAGUCUCUCCUGUCCUGCUCUCAGAUGUCGUCUCAGCCUUUUUGAGCAGCAAUGACACCCAGAACCUCAGCUCGCCAGUUACCUUCACCUUCUCCCAUCCUCUGGUGACACCUACACCACGGCACAAGGUGCUCUGUGUCUCCUGGGACCACAGCCAGAAUGGGAGUCACUGGACCACUGCAGGCUGCAGGACAGUGAGCACCAGAGGUGGCAGCACCACCUGCCACUGUACCCACCUCAGCAGCUUUGCCGUCCUCAUGGCCCACUACCACGUGCAGGACGACGACCCAGUGCUGAGCCUCAUCACGUGCUUGGGGCUGGGCGUGUCGCUGCUGUGCCUGGUCCUGGCGAACCUCACCUUCCUCCUGUGCAGAGCCAUCCAGAACACCAGCACCUCCCUGCACCUGCAGCUCUCGCUCUGCCUCCUGCUGGCCCACCUGCUGUUCCUCACGGCCAUCGACAGAACCCAGCCCAAGGUGCUGUGCGCAGUCACCGCGGGCGCCCUGCACUACCUCUACCUGGCCUCCUUCACCUGGAUGCUGCUGGAGGGGCUGUUCCUCUUCCUCACCGCACGGAACCUGACUGUGCUCAGUUCCUCCAGCAGAAACAGGCUCAUGAGGAGGCUCAUGUUCCCUGUGGGCUACGGGGUCCCGGCUGCCAUUGUGGCUGUGUCUGCAGUAGCCAGACCUCACCUGUAUGGCACCUCUACUCGCUGCUGGCUCCGUCCAGAGCAGGGGUUUGUGUGGGGCUUCCUUGGACCUGUCUGUGCCAUCUCUUCCGUCAAUAUGGUUUUCUUCCUGAUGACCCUCUGUAUUGUGAAGAGCAAGCUGUCCUCCAUCAACAGAGAUGUGUCCACCCUCCAGAACACGAGGGUGCUGACAUUUAAAGCAAUGGCUCAUCUCUUCAUCUUGGGCUGCACCUGGUGUCUGGGUGUCCUGCAGGUGGGCUCCCUGGCCCCCGUCAUGGCCUACCUCUUCACCAUCGUCAACAGCCUGCAGGGCGUCUUCAUCUUCCUGGUGUACUGCCUCCUCAGCCAACAGGUCCAGGAGCAGUACAGGACAUGGCUCAAGAGGAUCAGGAAAUGGACAACUGAAUCUGAGUCCUACACUCUGUCUAGCAAGGCUGUGUCCGACACCUCCAGACCCAGCACGACUGAUUAGAAAGACCGUCUGAGCUACAGCCUCCUUCCCUAUGGAUAAUCUGAACUGCCACUGGGUCACUUUUGAGCCAUUAGGAUAGGACAAAGCUCUGUGCUGUGUGUUACAAGAAAUCCAAGGUGAUGGCCAUCUGAAGGGAUUCUUGGAGGUCAUGAUUGGCAUUCAACUCCUGCAGAACCUGAAAUGUGUCCAUGCCUGACAUGGUGCUGACCGAACUCAACAUCCAGAUGCCAUCUGCACCCCAAUUCCUCAGUUUCUCUGUUAAACGUUCUUCUACUGCCCCCCUUCCUAUGAGGCCUCUUCCAUGCAAAACUUCUAGAAGCAAGAAAACCAGCCUCCCAGGAUGCUCACAUCCACAACAUUUAAAAGGACUUGAAUGUGCUUUAAACUUUUUAACAAAAAAAAGAAGAAAACAUAAAAGGUUUGUAUGGAAAUAUUGUGGUGUCUGCAAGGAAGAUGGCAGGCCCUAUGUGGGAUUUGGAUUUUUCAGGAAGUGGAAGGCUCCCAAGAAUGCUGUAUUCCACUUAAAUCUUUCAUAGUGGUGAAGUCGUGGCCAAAUUGCCAAGAAAAUAGAUCCCCAGAUAAUGUCAUGACAGAUGUGUUAGUGAAAUCAGGAGGAGGAGAUAAGACUGAGCUGACAGGGAGAUGGGCCUGGGUCACUUCCUGGGCAGUGAGUACAAACAGCACCUGCAGAUAUUUGCUAAGAAACUUACAAAAAGGUUAUUUUUAAGUCAGGACCUAUAUGAUUCUGGUCCUUGCCUCUCCAAGGAAGAAAAAAUGCCUGAUGGACAUUUUGACCGGACUGAAUGCUGCAUGGACACUGCGUGCCAUGCCCAGGAGUGGAUAGGGGAUUGACUUCCUUAACCCUCUAGAUCUAUAUAAACCCCUACACAAUAGCCACACUUCAGUGUCCCUCUAUGGGACCCCUCCCUCUUGGGGAGCUCUGCUUUCCAUUAGUCUGAUAAAUCCUGUUACUUGCUCUCACUCUUGUGUCCAUAGAAGUAUUUUCUUUAAAUUUAAGAGAGAAAGAACCCAACCCCAUGCUCUGUGCUACAUUAGUAAUAAUUUUGUUUUCAUUCCUAAAAUAAUUUAAAUCAGAAUUUUUGCCUUAAAUAAAAUCCAUUAAAUAUGUUCAUCCUCCCAAUUUUGUAAAUAAAAUGCAGAUACAUAUUUUUCCAAAUGCAAAAUGUUUAUCUCUGGGUCAUGAGUUAUUGAAUGAAUUUUUGCUUUUGACAUUAUUUAAGCCUUUAGGCAAUGGGAUAGAUCACUUUUGCAAUGGGAAAAAAUAGCUAAAGGGUCUCAAGGAUCAUCAUGCCUCUGUUCACCACAACAUCACAAAGCACUGGGUAAGA